AACACAGGACCUCAAUAAAAUUGAAAAGAAAACAGACAGAGCUGUUCUGUACUCUUGCUCCUUCAUCUUCUUCUUCUUUUGGUUUGAGUGGCAUAACUACGCUGCUGGUUUUUUUUUUUUCUUCCUUCCUUUUCUUUCCACGUCAUUAAACUUAGGUUGAGGCUCACUUUGUGCAAAACGCCUCCGAAGGAACCGGUACGAAGGCGGAACUCGCGCGUGCUCCUCUCUUUCUCUCUCUCUGACGCGCGCGCCCGCACGCAAAGUGCGCUCGAGCUUAUUAUUAUUAGUAUUAGUAUUAGUAUUAUUCGGAAACUCCAUCGUGUAAGGUGCGCUUUAUGUGCCCUUCUGCACCAGUAUAUUCCUUCACUGGACACUUUACCUCGUGCAUCUUCUGGCUUCGACAAAAUCCUCAGGACCAGCUGUGGUGCAGCUGGAGUCUUGAGCAGAACCUGCACGCUGGCUGGAACGAUGCGAGCUUUAAGGUUCUCCGCUGUUCAUGAUCACAUGUGUAGGACAGCUGCAGGUGGAUUUCCCUUGCAAUUUUGAACCAUUCUCUUUGCUGGAUGAUGCUCCCCACGCAAGCGCACCUUCUUUUUGUCUUCACUCUCACUGGUCGUCUAUGGCGUGUGAUGGGCAGUCCGCUUGUGAUGGACCCAAACAGCAUUUGCAGAAGGAGUAAGCCUGAAGGAGGUGCACAUACUGAACUGUGCCAAACGCAUCCUGAAAUAGUCCAAGAAGUUGCCAAAGGUGCACGGUUGGGCAUGCGUGAAUGCCAGCACCAGUUCCGCUAUCAGCGCUGGAACUGUACAGGUCACGGCAAGAGUCUAGGCAAGAUCCUGCAACAAGGAGAAAUCACAAGCUUGGCAAAUAAAGUGUGCAUCCAGACGAGUCUAGACAAGACAGAUGUAAAAGGAAUAGAUACGCACUUAGAUCCACGAGAAUGCCUUCGUUAUCUUCAGCAGUUUCCCAACACUGGAAGUAAAGGAACUAGCCCAAACAUGUUCCAGAAUAACAAUACCUAUGAGCACAAAGCGAGAUAUCAGGAGACAGCCUUUGUAAACGGUAUCAUGGCGGCAGGAGUGCUGCAUGCUGUAACACGGGCCUGCAGCCAGGGGGAGCUGCUACAGUGUGGCUGUGUGUCUAUAAAGAGCUCUUCUGGUAGCCCCAAUGAGCAGGCAAUUGUGAGAUCAAACCCUGCUCUCCCUGACCAACGCUGGGAGUGGGGGGGUUGCGGGGAUGAUGUGGACUUUGGCGACAAGAUUUCUCGGCAGUUCAUGGACACCAGGAAACGGAAGGCCAAGAGUGAUAUCAGGAGUCUGAUUGAUCUGCACAACAACGAGGCAGGCCGACUGGCUGUAAAGACCAAUAUGCGAACUGAAUGUAAAUGUCACGGCCUCUCUGGGUCCUGCACGCUCCGUAGCUGCUGGAGCAAGUUACCUCUGUUCCGCCAGGUUGGAAAUCACCUCAUGCAGAGCUUCCAGACGGCGGUCCGUGUGAUGGGUGGCAAUGAUGGCAAAUCUCUCGUCCCCCUGGAUCGAGAGCUCGCUCCCCUGGGUAGCCACAGUCUCAUCUACUCAGAUGAAACGCCGGAUUUCUGCGUGGCCAAUCGCAGGACAGGAUCUGAAGGGACACGCGAUCGGGUGUGUAAUGGCACAGAGACAGGUCCUGGAGCCUGUGAUUGGCUGUGCUGCAAUAAAGGACACACGGAACACACUCUUGAGUACGAGGAGAACUGUCAGUGCCAUUUUCAGUGGUGUUGUGAGGUACAAUGUGAGCGAUGCGCUGUGAGAAAAGUGGUCAACGUCUGCCUUUAGAUUCUCUUGUGUGCAUUAAACUGUAGUUGUUCAGUCCCAUUGACUAAACUCAGAUAAUCAUUGGCAAACUUCUGUACCAUGUUUGCAAUUCAGUAUUUCUCAAAGUCUUCAAAUGCUGACUAAUUAUAUCAGAAAGACAUAUUUAUGACCAUAAGAUUCGUGUGUUUUUUGAACAUCCUAUUCCACAUUUAGCUGUUAUAAUAAACACCGCUCUUUUGGGAAGUGUUUCACUAGAUUUUGGA